AAGGCCCUAAACCCCUUACCCGUCAGUCGUUCGCCCGGUGCUCUCUCUCUCUCUCUUCCCUCCUGGCUCCUGCAGAAGGCGAUUCUGAGCAGUUGAAAUGUUGUCCAUUGCCAACUUUCUUGCCUUCUCUCUCCUUUGCUUCUCAACUCUCACUUCUGGAUUUGAUGUUGAUCACAAAGUAUUGGUUGUUGGGAAGGAGCUCUUUAGGGAAACUCUGCCAUUGCGGAUGGGAUCCCGCGAUUAUUUGCUGCAAGGGCUGAAACCUUAUACUUGGUAUGAAGUGAAGAUAUCAUACCCAGCUUCUAUACCCGCGAUGUUUUCUUUACAAUUGAAGAGAGGAAAUUCUGAUAUUGGAAUGAAUAAGCUACGGAAAUUGCUCAAUACUGAGAAACUGAUUUUCAAGGCAGAGGACCUUGACGAGAUCAACCAUCAGGGUGGAUUGUAUGUUUCGAUUACUGUGGAACCUGAGGGAUUUGUGGCAAUACCUGGUGUCCAAGAAAGGGAGAGUAUUCUGUUCAAUAUAGUUUGUGAUGAGCUGAUGUUGGGCAUUCCCCACAAAGCUUGGCUGGUUGCAGCUUUAGCCUUGCUCUGUGUAGUAGCGGGUCUUAUCAUACCUCGAUUCCUUCCAUCUUUUCUUCUGCCAAAGGAUCAAGACCUCCAAAGAGUUGGACAGUUGGCCUCGGUUAAGGACUCCUAGCCCUACCUUAACUUCUGGUUGAUAAUUAGGUUGUAGUUACUGGCAGUGCUGAGGAUGGGAUGUAUUCUUUUUGGUAAUUGAGGAUGCUAGGGGAAAACUUGCUAAAGAAGAAAGGAAGAGCUUCUCGUUUGACAGAAGCAGGAGAGAUUAAUUGGAACGACAGGGUACAUGGAGCAGAGAAAGCGCGUUCAUGAAUAAGAAGAAGAAGAGGUUGUAUUUGAUGAUAGCAGAGAUCAAGCUACGGUCUACGGAUGACAUGGUGUCUAACCACCGAGAUAUCUCUCACCAACUUUCGAAGUGGCUUGUAACGUUGUUAUCUUCUUUUCACUGGAAGCAAAACAUGUUGGUCUUUUUUCUUUGUCUACUAUAUAAUUUACGCCAUAGGUCCCCGACUCCCCGUUGUGUAACUGUAGCCUUUCCAAAUAGCUGUAAAUUAAUACCUUUUCAAGCACGUCAAGAUUACUAUUGGUA